AUGCUGGACGAUGGCCCGAGUGAUCCACUGAGCCUGGGCGACUACACAAUGUCAGAAUCUCGAGCUUCACGGACGCAGACGCUCCUCCAACCGUCUGGUUCCUCACGUGUAGCCUUGGGUACGAGUCCGGUGCCUACAUCACCGGGGUUCUCAUCGAACUUCCCAGGCACGUCCCACGAAUAUCAGGCAUUCAGCACAGCAUUCGACAGAACACAGAUCCCAUCGCCAUCCCUGCAGCAACAAUCGUUCGGACAUUUUCAACCUGGAUCUACGUCGAAUUUGGCAGAGGGCUACAAUCUGUUUUCUGAUGCAUCCCAACACCGCCUAAGCAGCGGCAGCGCAACUGACUUUCAAACUGGACACAACUUGGGAUAUAUGGACGGCCUUGGAAACAACACUAGUCCAGACGGCUCACUUGGUUACAAUGCGCUUGGCGUCGGAGCUGCCAGUAUCGAGGAUGGAUCAGUGGCAAGCAUGGCCGAAGGCGACGGUGACCCCGGAGAGCAGAGCGAAAAUACCCCAAAACGGGAGAAGAACGGCAAGGAGAAGCCGCCGCCCGCAUGGAGCGAAAUGAAGACGAAAGCAGGGAAAGAACGCAAGCGGUUGCCUUUGGCUUGCAUUGCGUGCAGACGGAAGAAGAUACGAUGUUCCGGAGAGAAACCUGCCUGCAAGCAUUGUCUCCGUUCGCGCAUACCGUGCGUUUACAAGAUUACAACUCGAAAAGCUGCGCCAAGAACAGAUUACAUGGCUAUGUUGGACAAGAGACUUAAGAGAAUGGAGGACCGUGUCAUCAAGCUCAUACCGAAGGAGACCCCCGGCGGUGUUCCAACAGUCACCAGGGCCGUUGUAAAACCAGCGCUCCCGGGAGCCACACUCAAGACCCCAUCGAGCAAGAAGAGACCGGCAGACGAGGCCUUCGGUGUUGAUCUGGACGAAUGGUCAAAAUCGAAAGCGAGGGAUCCGCGCGAGGGAAUGUCGCUCCCGCCCAAGGGCAAAGACGCAGAAGAGAACAAGCUGCUGACCGAAGGUGCUGAAAGCCUACCCUCGAAGCAGCUUCAAGAGCAUCUGGCCGAGGUCUACUUCGACUAUGUCUAUGGCCAAAGCUAUCCAUUACUGCAUAAACCCAGCUUCAUGCGCAAGCUGAGCGCCGGAUUGGUUCCCCCUGUGCUAGUGCUGGCAGUAUGCGCCAUAUCUGCACGGUUUUCAACCCACCCCCAGGUCCGCACAGAGCCGGCCUUCUUACGUGGGGAGAAGUGGGCAAGUACGGCACGGGAGAUUGCUCUCAAGCGCUACGACUCGCCAAACAUCACCAUACUGAUUGUCUACCUUCUUCUCGGUUUACAUGAGUUCGGCACGUGUCAAGGUGGUCGCAGCUGGAUGUUUGGCGGCAUGGCCCAGAGGAUGGCAUACGCCAUGCAGUUACACAGGGAUCUCGAUCACGACCCGCUCGGCAAGGGCAAGGAGGGUCAGGUGGUACUGAGCCCCACAGAUCGAGAAAUCCGACGACGGACUAUGUGGUCUUGCUUUUUGAUGGAUCGCUUCAACUCUUCCGGAACCGAGCGGCCGCUCUUUGUGCAAGAGCAGUUCAUUACUGUGCAGCUGCCUGUUAAGGAACAGUACUUUCAGAUGGAGGUGUCCGGUCCGACCGAAGACUUGGAUGGAGGAGUACCCAACCCUGUCCCGGGGGACAACGGCCAGAUGAGCAAUGCCAAAGACAACAUGGGCGUGAUGGCAUACCUAAUCCGCCUAGUAGCCAUUUGGGGCCGUGUCAUCAAAUUCAUGAACCUCGGCGGCAAAGAGAGGGAGACGCAUCCCAUGUGGUCGCCGCAGUCCACCUUCCAUGAGCUGAAAAAUGCAGCACUGGAAUGGAAUUCCUCGUUGCCGAGUUUCCUGCACUACAACGCCAAGAAUCUCGAAGACCAUACUAUUGAGAAAACCGCAAACCAAUUCCUGUACAUACACAUCUUGUACCACCAGAUCAUUCUCUUUAUGAAUCGCUUCGCUCUGCCAUCGAUCGCCGGCAGCCGACCCCCGAAAGAUAUGCCGCGAGAUUUUCUUACCGAAGCUGCUCGCGCUGCGCUCAACGCAGCGAACAAGAUCUCUAUUCUCAUCAACGAAGCCAUGGACUAUCACGUCGUUGCGCCAUUUGCCGGCUACUGCGCCUUCUUCUCCAGCACUGUGCACGUCCACGGCGUGUUCUCGAAGAACCCGAAGCUCGAAGCUUCCUCCAAAAAGUACCUCGCUUACAACGUCAAGUAUGUUAGCAAGAUGAGGAAGUAUUGGGGCAUGUAUCACUUCGUUGCCGAAAACCUCAAGGACCUGUACCGGCAACAUGCAGAUGCCGCCCUCCGUGGCUCAUCAGCGACCAAUACAAAAGGCGGCCCUGCGAAUAUCUUUCAAUACGGCGAUUGGUUUGACCGCUAUCCCCACGGCGUCUCAUCGACCGACUACGAGGAUCCGGCUGCAGAUGAGAAGAAGGAACCUGGCACAGACGCCGUACUCGGCGGCCAGAAGUCGGACUUGCAAAGUGUGGAAGAGUUCUUCGCAAGCUUGUCCCCACCAUCAAAAGCCGAACAUCAGCGCAAGCUAGCGAAGAAGGCAAAGAACAAGAAGUCCAUCUCACAGCUGGCCUCUCAGUCAACCAGCCAUCCCUCGGCUGCUCAACAAGCCACACAAGACAUGCAGACGCAACAGCGAACUCAGUCAAUGGACCAUCUGGCAAUCUCGCACGACCUCACCAACACACAGCCACACUUCGACAGCGCCUUCUUCGACCCUUCCGCCUCUCAAUCCUGGCAGGACCACUAUUUCCUAAAACCCCACGGAGGUCUGUUCGGCGACCUAGACAGACAAAUGGUGCUCUCCUCCUACGAUCUCGACGUCCCCCUUUCUACCUCACCCACAGCCGUCGACCCAGCAACCUCCAUGCCCUCGCUUCUGCCGCCAGACCCCCUAGACAACCCGCCUGCGGGUAUGUGGGACAUGGAUAUCGCGAAUCUAAAUUUUGCGGACCCGAGCACGGCGUGGUUCAUGCCGUUUAAUAUGGAGCCCCCGGAUAUAGGGGCUGAUGCGGGGAUGCUUGGUGGUGGGGUGUGGGGCUACGAUUUUGACGGUGGGGCGCAGGGGUCGCUUGAGGGCAUGGAGGUGGGGAGGUUGGAGGCGCAGGAGGUGGAGGCGCAGGAGGAGGAUGGGGGUGAGAUGAUGGAGCAGAUGGUGUAG